ACUGCUAAACCCUCUCAUCCUCUUUUCUUGUUUCUUAACCAAAAACCCCUUCACAGUUCACAAACUGCCUCCUUCUUCCCUACCCCCCACCCCACCCCCAUAAGGUUGCAGUCCACAUAAAGGUCUCUCAUUUAUGUUGUUAUUAAUCUUUUUCUUGAAAUUAGUUCUAAAGUUCAAGAAUCAGCAAUCAAGAAUGCUAUUUAUGAUGUUUUAAAUUGUUAUUUGAGUUCCAAAUUCAUGGUUUGGCUCUUUCCAUUAUCUUGUCUCCAGUUAUAGCUUCUUGGGUUUUGAAUGGCAUUGGUUCAGCAGCUAUUGACUACCGCCUCUACUAGCUGCCGCUCUAUCAUGUUGCAGAACAGGACACUACAUAAUUAUCAGGCAAAUUGCUUGCAAUGUUCAACAUUCGCAACUGUUGACAGCUUUGAGAAAAUGUCCCGUAAAGCCAGGAUAUGUUGUGGGAUUAGAGCCAGGCAACCAAGGAAUUUAAGAGUCGUGUCUCAACAGAAAAUUCAUCCUCUCAGAAGCCAUACAAAUGAGCCAGGAUCUUCUUCUGCAUUUAGUAUCCUUCAGCUAUCGAAGGAGGGAUUUCCAAGUACGCCAAUGUCUAUUAUCUUCAGUUUCAGGCCAUUCGGAGGAAUAGGUUCACGGUCAUAUAACACAAAUGGAAAAAUGCAUUUUUCCCGUGAUGCAAGAGCAAUAGCAGAUAGAGGCUCUGGUGGAGCAAAAGUUUUUAGUGAUGGAAAUAAAACAUUCUUUAAAAAUUUAAAGAAUCACUCAGAGCGGUCAAAUGAAUUGGUGGCUGUUCAUAGAAGAAAUGCUAUGUCGGACAAGGUGACUGAAAAGGGCACUCCAAACUCUAAAGUAUCAGCUAGUAAGAAUGUUGAUCUGGUCAUUUCCAAGGACACCCCUGUAAAGAUUGAUGACAAGGAUGUCAACCUGGACAUUUCAGGUAUACCUCUUGGUAAUAAUGGGAAACCAACAUCCACGGGGAACGAGAAAGCAAAGAAGCAGUCAAGAAGCAAAAAGAAUAAAAAUGUUGCUUCUGCUACAGUAGAUCAGCCAAAAGCUUCUAAGACUCCCCGAGCAAAGAAGUCUAGCCCUGUUAAAGAUGAGGAAUCUCCAGCAGUAUCAGAGAUUAGUUCGCCCGUUCAUUCUUCCACAGUAGAGCCUGCUGAUAAUGUCUCAAUGAAGGUUGACUUGGCCCAAGUGAAAAGAACCUCUCCCAGGAAAAGGAAAUCCACCAAGGGGAGCAAUUCUCUUGCAGAACUGAAUGGGGCAACUGUAUUGCCAUCUGAUAGUAAGUUAGUACCAGACAAGAGUUCAGAUGUGAGCAGCAAAAGUAAGCCCCCGGGACAAAAAAAAUGGCCAAAACUAUAUCCUCCAACAGCAAAGUCUGUACUGGUGGUGGAGUCUGUCACAAAGGCGAGAGUUAUUCAAGGGUACCUCGGUGACUUGUUUGAAGUCCUGCCCAGUUAUGGUCAUGUCAGGGACUUGGCUGCAAGGUCUGGAUCUGUCCGGCCAGAUGAUGACUUCAGCAUGGUAUGGGAGGUCCCUUCUGCUGCCUGGACUCAUCUCAAAAGCAUAAAGGUUGCGCUAAGUGGAGCCCAGAAUCUUAUUCUUGCAUCAGAUCCUGAUCGUGAAGGAGAGGCUAUUUCUUGGCACAUUAUAGAGAUGUUACAGCAACAGGAUGCCCUACGUGAUGAUAUUAAUGUGACAAGGGUUGUUUUCAAUGAAAUUACUGAAUCAUCCAUCAAAGCUUCCCUCCAGUCUCCAAGGGAGAUUGACGCAAAUUUAGUGCAUGCUUAUCUUGCAAGGCGUGCUCUUGAUUACCUGAUUGGGUUCAACAUUUCUCCACUUCUGUGGAGGAAAUUACCUGGUUGUCAAUCUGCUGGUCGGGUUCAGUCUGCUGCCCUAUCACUUAUAUGUGACAGAGAAAUGGAAAUUGAUGGAUUCAAACCACAGGAGUAUUGGACAGUCCUGGUUGAAUUUAAGAAGAACAAAAACCUAGAUUUAGCCAAUAACUUUUUGUCAUCCCACUUGACCCAUUUUGAUACCAAGAAAUUAAGUCAGUUCUCUGUUAGCUCUCAUACCGAAGCAAUGGAAAUUGAAGAGAAGAUAAAUUCAUCAAACUUUGAAGUUCUUAGCUCUAAGAUAACCAAAAAGCAGAGAAACCCCUCUCCUCCUUAUAUAACAUCAACACUUCAGCAAGAUGCCGCAAACAAAUUGGACUUUUCAUCAACAUAUACGAUGAAACUUGCACAAAAGCUCUAUGAGGGAAUCCAGUUAUCUGAUGGCAAGUCAACAGGAUUGAUAACUUACAUCAGAACAGAUGGAUUGCACAUUUCAGAUGAAGCUACCAAGGACAUUCAAUCCUAUAUCAGUGAAAGGUAUGGACAGAAUUUUGCAUCAAAGAAUGGUCGCAAAUACUUCAAGAAGGUGAAGAAUGCUCAAGAGGCCCAUGAAGCUAUUAGACCCACUGAUAUCCGAAGGCUACCCUCAAAGCUUGUUGGGGUGCUGGAUGAUGAUGCACUUAAGCUAUACAAACUUAUAUGGUCCCGUACCAUGGCAUGCCAGAUGGAACCUGCUACCAUCGAGCAGAUACAAGUUGAUAUUGGGAAACCUGACCAAUCCAUAAUCUUCCGUUCAUCAAGCUCAAAAGUACAGUUUCCCGGGUACCAAGCUGUCUACGAGGAUGUAGAAACUAACUCAACGAGAGAUAAUGAGAAUGGGAGGGAUGAUCGUUCUGAAGUAUUUGAGGCUCUUAGGAAUUUAACCGCUGGGGAUCCAAUUUAUUUGGGUAAAGUGAAACUUGAGCAACACCAGACUCAGCCUCCACCACGAUACUCUGAGGGGUCUUUGGUCAAAAAGCUGGAGGAGCUUGGCAUUGGAAGACCUUCUACUUAUGCAGCCACAAUAAAAGUGUUAAAGGACAGGAAUUAUGUCAUUGCCAAAGGCAGAACACUGUAUCCUGAAUUUCGUGGGCGUAUGGUAUCGGCAUUUCUCUCUCAUUACUUUACUGAAGUAACAGAUUAUAGCUUCACUGCCGAUAUGGAGACGGAACUUGAUAAUGUCUCUGCUGGUUUGACUGAAUGGAAGGGCCUUUUGAGAGAUUACUGGACUAGAUUUAGCAAGUAUUGUGAACAUACUGGUAAUGUGCACAUUCAUCAGGUGGAGAAGAUGUUGGAGAAAACAUUUGGUGAUUUUCUGUUUGCAUCUCUUCCUAAUGAAAGCAGGACAUGCCCAAGCUGUCUUCAGGGAACUUUAAUCUUCAAAGUGAGCAGGUUUGGUGCAGGCUACUUUAUAGGUUGUGACCAACACCCAAAAUGCAAGUAUAUUGCCAAGACAUUAUAUGGUGAAGAGGAUGAAGAUAUCACCUCUGAAGACACUAAAAGAAAUGUAGAGCCGCCGAAAUUGCUGGGUGUCCAUCCUUCUUCAAAUGAGAAGAUUCUUAUGAAGAAUGGUCCAUAUGGAUACUAUGUUCAGCUUGGAGAAGACAAGAAAGGAUACGUUCCCAAGCGGGCUUCGCUUUCACAGGUGAAGGAUGUCAGUUCUGUUACCUUGGAAGAUGCCCUGGAGUUGCUACGUUACCCUGUAACAUUGGGAAACCACCCCGAUGAUGGCCAGCCGGUUGUUUUAAAACUUGCAAAGUUCGGAUUUACAAUCAGACAUAGGCGAACAAUUGCUCCAGUACCCAAGAACUUAAAGCCCAAAGACAUAACCAUGGAAAAAGCUUUGAAGCUUUUGCUAAGUAAAGAUGUAAGGCGAUGUGGUCGACCUAAGCGCCAGCCACAGGUGGAAGAGGCCGUUGAGGCAACAUAACAUCACACUUGUUAGCAGAUUAAUGUACCAUAGAGGUCAUUCUUUGAUGAAGGCCCUCCUCAGGCUGUUUUUUAUAGGAGGAAUAGUGGAAUACGAAGCAUAUUUACCCCUACACGGGCUUGGAUACUGUCCAAGUAUGAAGAGUUGUAUAUCUUGAGUGGCAAAGACAAUUUUGUUAGUAGAAAUUCCAUUUCUGUAAUCUCUCUUAAAAUCUUUGUAAUAGCAUUAGGCAAUUACUUGGCCAUCCAAAUGGUCUGUUUAAUUCUCCUUUUUUUCUGCCUUGCUAAGAUGUAAAGAGAGUGAAGGCAUUUUCAUUGGCAGUUAAAAGCCUCAAUUUGCUGAACAGUGACAUCCUUU